UGAGUUCCGCGUUUCAGAGCAUUUAAGUCCUGCAACGUUUCCUCCAAGCCUCAACUAUCAGGCUGCAGGAGACUAUCCACCGUCAUGUCCGACCGAGGAGCCUUCGACACCAACGUGGUCACAGUGACCCGGUUCGUUAUAGAGGAGGGGAGGAAGGCUAAAGGCACUGGGGAACUGACAACACUGCUGAACUCGCUGUGCACGGCAGUGAAAGCCAUCUCAUGCGCCGUGCGUAAAGCUGGAAUCGCACACCUUUAUGGCAUUGCUGGCAGCACCAAUGUGACCGGGGACCAGGUGAAGAAGCUGGACAUACUCUCCAAUGACCUGAUCAUCAACAUGAUCAAGUCAUCUUUUACCUCCUGUGUGCUGGUGUCCGAGGAGAAUGACAAAGCCAUCAUUAUAGAGCCAGAUAUGAGGGGUAAAUACAUUGUGUGCUUUGAUCCUUUGGACGGCUCAUCCAACAUUGACUGUCUAGUCUCAAUCGGUACCAUCUUUGCAAUCUACAAAAAGAACACAGAUGAGGAACCCUGUGAGAAAGAUGCCCUGCAGCCGGGCAGGAACCUCGUUGCAGCAGGUUACGCCCUGUAUGGUAGUGCCACCAUGAUGGUGCUUUCCACCGGCAACGGAGUCAACUGCUUUAUGCUUGAUCCAGCGAUUGGUGAAUUUAUCCUGGUUGAUCGGGAUGUGAAGAUCAAGAAGCGAGGAAAGAUUUACAGCUUGAAUGAGGGUUAUGCAAAGCACUUUGAACCUGCUGUCACAGAGUACCUGCAGAAGAAGAAGUUCCCUCAGGAUGGCACAGAGCCCUAUGGUGCCCGUUACAUUGGUUCUAUGGUGGCAGACGUCCACAGAACACUGAUGUAUGGGGGCAUCUUUUUAUACCCUGGAAAUGUGAAGAGCCCCAAAGGAAAGCUCCGACUGCUAUAUGAAUGCAACCCCAUGGCUUUCAUCAUGGAGCAAGCAGGCGGGAUGGCCUCCACAGGCCUCGAGACCAUCCUGGACAUCCAGCCUGAGAGCAUCCAUCAGCGGGCGCCUGUGGCUCUGGGCUCCCCUGAGGACGUGCUGGAGUACGUUGCCAUCUGCCAGAAACAUGCCAAGAACUGAGACCACAUCAGCUCGCUCUCACAACCAUCCUCACAACCAAGGAAAAGAAACCUUGUACCUCCAGACUAGCAGUCUUACUGGAAGUUAAUGUUGCUCUACUGUUUUUUCAUGUCUUGAGUUUGAAAUGGUGCCUUAAGACAAAAAAUGCCUUGUCUCUUUGUUAAAGCUACCAUCAAGGAUUUGGAGUUACAAAGUUUUAAAAUCAUACCAGCGAUGUUUAUGUUGUUACUGUGGAAACCUGAAGGAAAGAUAGUAAGAAGGUGAUUCAAGGGAAACAUGAGGAAGGUUACUUAUACGCUCAGUUACUUACAGAAAAACGCACAUUCCCUAAAAGAGACCAAAUAUGUGCCAAAGAACACAAAUGAACUUGAAUAAACAAACCUGAAGACAUUUCCUGUUUUGUUUACCUCCACUUUUGCCUUAAUUAGAAUGAACAUACAUUAUAUACAUGUGAAGGACCAAAUGUCAAACCUCUAUGCAGCCAAACCCAAUGCCUUUUAAACUGUGAACAAAAACUGUUUGGAAUGAAGUCUCUCAAUAAAAUGAAACAAGUCUAA